AUGUCAUAUGCCCAACCAAUUCGUUCCACGGCCAAGGCAAUUGCACCUUGUCAUCUCUCCGUCUACCUUAAUCGCCGCCUUAUCUCCAUCAACAUAGGGCGAAAGCACAAAGGCCAUCGCCAGCAGGCCCAGCAGGACAGGCCGUGGCGCAACGCUGAAGAGGGACGCAAAGGCACGGGCAAAGGCAAAGGCAAAGGCAAACGAGGAAAGAUGGGCCAGGAAGAGUCGAGAGUGAUAGAGGCAGAUGCGCCACCAAGAACGCUUCAGGAGCGCACUUUGGAGGCACUCGCCCAGUACAUCAAGGAUGGCCGCGCGCAGAAGAUUGUCGUCAUGACAGGCGCAGGAAUAAGUACGUCGGCUGGAAUACCAGAUUUCCGAUCCCCAGAGACAGGUCUAUAUGCGAAUCUCGCGCGUCUUAACCUGCCUUACCCUGAGGCCGUCUUCGACAUUGGCUUCUUCCGCAACAACCCCGAACCCUUCUACGCUCUCGCUCAGGAACUAUAUCCCGGAAAGUUCCGACCAACGAUAACACAUUCGUUCAUAUAUCUACUACACAAGAAGGGCCUGUUGUUGAAGCUAUUCACACAGAACAUCGACUGCCUGGAGCGUGAGGCGGGCGUACCAGGCGAUAAGAUUAUCGAGGCGCAUGGGAGUUUCGCGACACAAUGUUGCAUCGACUGUAAGAAGUCAUACCCCAAGGAACGCAUGCAGGAGGCGAUAGAGACCAAAACAGUGCCCCACUGUCUUGAUCCCUCCUGUAACGGCCUCGUCAAGCCCGAAAUCGUCUUCUUCGGCGAGCAGCUGCCGUCUGCCUUUUUCGAUAACCGUCACCUCCCCUCGCAAGCCGACCUAGCCAUAGUCAUGGGCACUUCGCUUUCCGUACACCCGUUUGCAUCGCUGCCGCAGCUCUGCGAAGAUGAGACACCGCGCUUGCUCAUUAAUCAGGAGAAAGUGGGCGAUUUAGGAGGACGAGCGGAUGAUGUGUUGGUGUUAGAGGCUUGUGAUAGUGGUGUGAGGAAGCUCGCCGAGGCCUGUGGCUGGUUGGAAGAACUGGAGGAGCUAUGGGCAACCACCGCACCGGCUGAAGAUGCGGCACCCAAGGAGCCCGUCAAGAAGAGCCGUGACGAGCUUCUCGAAGACGAGGUUGAGAAGCUCACAAGGGAGGUGGAGGAGAAUCUGCGAUUGGGCAAGGCACAGCAGGACUGGCUGGACAAUCAUGUGGAUAACAAGCUAGCAAGGAAACAGGAGGAUAAGGAUACGAAAGAGUCUGCAUCGGGACCCCAGCCAACAGACGAUCCAGACUCGAAAAAGAUGGCACCUGUGGCAAGUCCUGGCGCGACGAAAACGGACCCUGGUGGUGACUUGGACCAUGUGUUUCCACACAUGAAGAAGCCAUCUCUUUAAAGACAUAUUUCGACGCAAACAAAAUAAUUUACUUUCUUACACCA